AUGACGGCGCUCGGGUAUUUCGACAAAACCCUCAGCCAGUACCAAGUCCUGAAUAACGGGACGGCAGAGGAGAAGACCGACUUUGUGAUAGCCUAUCAGUUGAAGAGCCUACAGUAUAUCGGCCCUGUCCUGAUGGGAAUCGGCACGUUUAUCCUGAUUAUAGCGUGUGUGAUCACGUUGGAGAGCCGGGAUAAACAUGCACAGGUAAUCCACGAGGAAUCUCAAGAAAUCCGGAAGCGCCGUCUGCUCUCCGACGACAAGGAGCAAUUAAUCGAAAGGAACGAGUCGGCAGAUCAGACUUCGAUACCUACCGUAUCCCUCCGGGAAUCGCGGCGGGACUCGCGGAUGUCGAGGACGAGCACUGAGAAUACGGGCUCCCCGCUCUUCGCCCGAAUAGCUCGACCUCCGAGCUUCGGCCCGGCUCCCCUGGCAGUGCUUGAAGAGAGCCUGAACAUUUCCUUGCGACGGAUCGUUGCCGUCUACUUCAAACUGUCGCAGUUGCGGAAUGGGGUCGAGGCGGAGGUGUUUCGCAUCCCCUCCGCCAUAUCCAACUACGAGCGAAUACGGGUUGUUGGUAAAGGAGCUUUCGGAGCUGCCGUACUAUACCGACGACGAGAAGAUGAGACGCUGGUAAUCAUAAAAGAAAUUAGCAUGCAUCAGCUAGCUGCCACGGAGCGUCAAUUGGCUAAAAACGAGGUAGAAGUCCUGUCCCGGAUGGAACAUCCCCAUAUCGUCAGCUACUUCGACUCGUUCGAGGAGGACGGGCUGUUGCUCAUUGAGAUGGAAUAUGCCGAUGGAGGAACCCUGGCCCAGUUCCUAAUGGCUUGCACCGACUUCAUCGCCGAGGAAACCAUCAGCGGACUUUUUGAGCAGAUCUGCUCGGCUGUGGCUUAUUUGCAUGAGAACAAUGUGUUGCACCGGGACCUAAAAACGGCCAACAUCUUCUUGACCCAGGAGGGCGACGUGAAGAUUGGAGAUUUUGGGAUAAGCAAGCUGAUGGGCGCUGACACACUCUCUAAAGGUGCUACGACACUAGUUGGAACUCCACAUUAUUUGAGCCCGGAAAUGUGUGAGGGCAAGCCGUACAACGAAAAGUCUGAUAUGUGGGCGAUCGGGUGCAUUUUGUACGAAACGAUGUGCUUGGCCAAGGCAUUCGAUGCUGAUUCGCUGCCCGCGCUUGUCAACCGCAUAUGCAAGUCUCAAUACGAGCCAGUCCGGGGCCCAUAUUCAAAUGGGAUGAAGCUGCUGGUGCGGGAUUUGCUGUCACUGGAAGCUGCUUCAAGGCCCAAGGCUAGUGCGGCGCUGCAGGUUCGU